UUUGUUUUUACUUCAUCAGAAACGCAACGCAACAAUGCUUAGCUUAUUAUAGUUAGCUUUUUGUCUUGGUUUUAAAAUAACAUUCGACGACGCAGAUUCCAGAUAAAGAAACAUAUACCUCAGAUAAUUAAUUCAUUCAAGUUCUUCAGUGGAUAUUUCAUCAUAAGGAAUAAAUAUGGAUCAUUUCAUUCGAUUAAUGAAUGAAACGAUUUUGGACUAUGUCUCACAAGGAACGAGUGAUGAAAAUUUGAUUGAAAAUACAAUGAACCGUCUGAUAGAAAAUAAAAUAUUUCUAAACAUAAAACGUGAAUCAAAAAAUGAAGAAACCGCCAGAAAAAAAUUAGAAGAAGGGAAUAAGAUGAUAUCAAGUGCACCGCUAGAAAAAUUGAUAGAAAUUUAUAGUGAGGCGAUAGCCUACGCACUACCUGGUUCAGAAUUAUUAGCACGUGGAUUUGCAAAUCGCUCGGCAGCACUAACGAAUGGGGGUAUGUAUGAAGAUUCUUCGAAGGAUAUAGAGAGAGCAUUGGAAAUCGGGUAUCCAGAUAAUUUAAAGGCUAAAUUAUAUGCUCGCAAAGCAAAGAAUUUAUUGGCUCUAAAUCGAAAAAUGCGCUCUGAAGUUGACGACGCCAUUAACCAAGCAAAGAUUUGGGUAGAAAAAAUGGAUGAUGAUAACCAAAAAAGAUUGAAAAGCAGUUUAGAGCAACUGAAGACAAAUAAAUCUUUAAAAAAACCUUUUAAAAUUUGGGAAAGUAGUGUAUUUUUCCCUAAAACACCAGAUGAUCAUCCAAAAAUAUUGAGAGCUUCAGGUGCUAUUGACAUAAGAAAUUCUGAAAUAUUUGGCCGUCAUAUUGUAGCUACCAAAGAUAUUAAAGCAGGUGAAACUCUCUGGGUCCACAGAUCCUACGCAUUCUCACUUAAAUCUGAGUACAGAUAUCGUCAUUGCUGGAAUUGCUCGAGAUACACCUUGAGUAGCGUUCCUUGUAGUCAGUGUUCGAAUGUUAUUUACUGCAAUGAAGAAUGUCGAGAUAUUGCGUGGCACGAGCAUCACGAUGUUGAGUGUCCAGCAAUUACUGCAAUUUUAGCUAUUAAUAUGGUUGAUGAAGAAAAUAUUUUUCUUUGGUUGAGAUUGUUAGUAAAAGCUUUGAAAGAAUUUGGAACAGUCAACGCAUUGUAUGAAAAAAUCAAAGAGUUUGAUUUAAUGGAGGACCCGAUUUUAAAAUUGUUCACUGGAAACGUAUACGAUGAUACAAAAUAUGCGAGCGUUCAUUCAUUAUUUCGGUUAAAAUCAUAUCCAGUACUUUCAGAAAGCCUAGCAUUCAAAAUCGUUGAGAUAAUAUUUCUGUUAUGUGGAACCACUGAGAUACUUGGGAAAAGAAUUGAUGAUCCGACUGAGUUGAUAAAUAACAAGUGGGCAGUUUUCAUUGGGAACUUGAUGUUUAGGCACAUGGAAAUAAUUCAGACGAAUGCAAUUAACAUGUUAUCAAAUAAUCGUCAAGGAAAUAAUAUAAGUUGUGGCUUGUUUUUGGCACCACUCGAAGAUUUAUGUAGCCAUAGUUGUGAUCACAACGCCUACCCAUUAUCUACAGGUGAUACCUAUGCUAUGAUUGCAGUUCAGCCAAUCAAAAAAGGUCAACAAAUAUAUAUCACCUAUGGAACUCAUUAUCUAAAGUUACCGGCUGUUCAAAGAAAACAGUUUUUACAAAUGGGUUUCAAAUUUUGGUGUCAAUGCACGGCUUGCAUUAAUGACUGGGGUCCAAAUUAUCACCACUUAUCUUGUGUGGAUCAACUGCCGGAAAAAAAAAGAAACGAGUUAUUUAAAAUUUCAUUGAAGUGUGAAAUGCAUAUUCCUACAAGGGAAUUACUUAAAGAGCGUUCUACUAAAAAUAAUACUUCAAGUACAAUUAUCGAAAUAAUAUCUGAUUUAUCAAAAAUGCUCAACAUAAUUGGCAGUGAUAGAUACCCCUGUAAAGAAAUAGAAGCAGCAAAGCUUGCAUUAUUUGAAAUAUUUAACUGUGUCGCAGGGUAUAUAUAAAUAAAUAUAAAUCAGAACGAUGAGUUUGAGAAUGAGAAAAUUUUCAAGCCAACAAAAUAUUAAAUCUCACGAAUUUGUCAAAAACAUAAUUUUCAUUCAAGAAACACUGCGAAUUAUUUUUAAAAUGGAUACUUUAAUAAUUACAAAAUUUUUAUAAAAUUCAAAUAUAAAUUCUAAUAAUUUUAUGAGCAAAAUAAAGCGAUUGGAAUGUAUAAUAAUAAA